UUUUUCUAGCAGCAAAAGUGUUAAGUAGAGAGUUGGUUUUGAAAACGUCAACAUACUGUGUUGUUUUGUAAUAUAAUUAUUAAUUAUUAUUAAAAAUUCUUCUCAAUUCGUCAUCGUAUAAAUAUGAGUGACGGAGAUAUAUUAACUACUUUAAAAUUAUUGAUAAUUGGUGAAAGUGGUGUUGGAAAGUCAAGUUUACUAUUACGUUUCACUGAUGACACAUUUGAUCCAGAUCAACCAGCCACUAUAGGUGUUGAUUUUAAAGUAAAGACUCUUGCGAUUGAAGGUACUGGUAACACAGCAAAGCUGGCAAUAUGGGACACUGCAGGUCAAGAACGAUUCCGUACACUAACACCAAGCUAUUACAGAGGUGCGCAGGGCUGCAUACUAGUUUACGAUGUAAAUAACAAAGCAACAUUUCAACGAUUAAGCCAAUGGCUAAGUGAACUUGAAACUUUCUCAACUAAAGGCGAUAUCAUCAAAAUGCUAGUAGGCAACAAAAUUGACAAGGAUGAAAGAGUGGUGACGCGAGAGGAAGGCUUGAAGUUUGCUAAGAAACAUUCAAUGCUGUUUAUCGAGGCUAGUGCUAAAACAAGAGAUGGGGUUCAGUGUGCCUUUGAAGAACUAGUAGAAAAGAUCAUUCAAACACCUGGACUAUGGGAAAGUGAAGGCUCCUCUGGCUUGGUAAUAACACAGGGAGGUCAAAAUGGUGGAGGUCAAGCCUGCGGAGGUUACUGUUCAACGAUAUGAUCAUCUGGAUUACACAUGUAGCCGCUCUACUGUUUACCAUACUUCCAAAGAUAUUUGACCGAGCACUAUCACAUAAACAUGCUGUCAUUGGUGCUUUUUUAGUGCUCAUACAAAAUAGGGUCAUGUUUUCAAGGUUAUGAUCAUGUGAUGGUUUGGGAUGUGAUCACAGCAUGCCAUAUUUAAUGUUAAAAUUGUUUUUGAAAGAGAAACUUUCAGUGUUAGAAUGUGAUGUGCAUGACUCUUGAAUGCAUGUUCAUAAUUCUCCGGUUAAUGAUUUUGUUAUUUCCUUUUUUUAUUUUUUUUUUAUAAUACACACCACCAACUUAUUCACACUCAUUUUUUAUCAUAAUUAUAGCUUCUUUUCUUCCAAUAUAAAUUGGCCAUAGACUACAUAGUAAUCACAACCACGCAGAAGUUUGGUCUGAUAAUAGGCCCACCAUCGGUCAAUCUACAAAUUGGGACCAAUGUCAUUGAGACAUGCUGUUGAAGUGUUCACUAAUAUUAUAACAUCAAAACCUUAAUAUAUAAAUUUACAAGAGAAUUAUGGUUUAUUUAAAUCAGUCUACUGAUACAGAUUUGUUAAUAUUUUGUAAUGGUGGUGUUUUUAUAUCGCCAUAAAAUGUAACAUUAAGUGGUGUAUGUUUGGAAUGUAUAUACAUUUAAAUAAUAUUGUAUUUUUGAUUAUUUUCAUAUAGGAACAUAGCAUUCAUAAUUAUUGUAAAGAAUUGUACAGUACAGGCUUAUUGCUUUUCAGUACAUCCAAGAAUAGCACUCACCCUUAAUAGUUACAUUACUGAUUGUUGUAAUAUAAGAAUAUUUCUAGGAAUUGUCUGUGAAAAGAAAAAUGGGUAAUUAUAUAAUAUUGUUAUUGGAUGCUCACUUUCAAGGUGGCAUUGAUAAGUGUUGAAUCAUUUAUGAACAACUAGAAGCAUAUUCAACCUAGGUGCUGGUGGCUUCCAAAGCAAAAGAGGAAAUUCCACUAUUGUAAUACCCCAUUCAGACUAGCAUCGCAUUGCGAUCGGUUGUAGCAAUUGCGACACCCAGUCGCACCCAAUCGCAAAGUAAAAUUGUGUGUGAAAGCUCACCAAUAGUCGUCAAUAAGUAAUCAAUAUCAAUUGUUACCUGUUACGAUUGGGUGCUACAAUCUCAAUACUCCAGAUUACCACAGAAUCUGAUCACAAGAAGUCACAACGAAUUCCACAGGCACUGUUUGGCUGAGGUCAGUGAACAUAGGCCUAGCAACCAGAGGCCUAGGCCCUAGAAUAUAAAGUUUGUGUUGGUGUGAAUGCGUUUGUUGAUUGCGAUCGGGAGUAAUCAGUUGGAUUACCACCGAUUACAUCCCAACAGAGUGUAGUCUGAAUAGGGUAUUAGAGUCCUUCACAUUAUAAUAUAAAAAGAAUCAAUUGCACUGUUAUGAUGAAAAGAAGGUUGGUGUUUUGUAGCGAAAUAAUAAUAUAAUAUUAUACAAAUAUUUUUAUUGCACCAGCCAAUUUUAAUUAAUAAUAAAAGGCAAUAAAAUCCUCUCAAAGAUACAUGUUACUAUGUAAUGAAUACAUUUCAAUAAUUUUAAGGUGAUGGACAAAUGAAUUAUUAGGUAAUCAUGAUAAUUAUUAAUUUAUAAUACACAUUAUUAAUUAUUUGUUCUCAUUGCACCAGUAUAAUUAUUCACUGAGUAAAGAUUUGCUGAAAUAUUUUUUGAUGUAAUUUUUAGUUUGAUACAGUAUUAUAUUGAUUAAAGCAAUCAGGAAAUAUUUAAAA